AUGUCAGCACCAAGACGUAAUGCUAUCAAUAGGCCUAAUGGGAUUGGCGGACAACCCGCUAGUGCUGGAGGAGGUUCUGGUAUCAAUCACAUUUCUCCGUUCAUCAAACGUGAUAGAUACAAGAGAAACUUUCUGAGGACAAGACAGAAUGGUAAGACGGGAAAUGGAGUUAGUGUUAAGAAAGAGGAUCCUGACCUCAUAGAAGCGAGGGAAAAACAGCUUUUAGGCGUGGAAUCAUCUACUGGCGCUGCUAAAGUUAAAAGGGAGAAAGAAGAAGAAUUUAAUGAAUUCCCACUGAGAGCUAUUGAAAAGGAGCAGUUAGAGAACAUGAGAACUCAUUUAUUGAAAUUUCAAAGUAAAAAAAAAUUAGUACCAUCAGAAUCUUUCCAUUUACCAGUUAGAUUACACAGAAAGGAUACUAGGAAUUUACAAUUUCAACUUACAAGGGCUGAAAUUGUUCAGAGACAAAAGGAGAUUUCUGAAUAUAAGAAGAAGCAAGAACAGGAAAAAUUGGGUGUACCCGGCGUCGCCACACCUGCUACAACCACAUCCGUCACGGCAGCAACAACGGCACCACCACAACCAAAUCUAUUAACACCAUCUACUGCUGCAUCUACUGCGACUACAACACCAAAUGUUGAUGCUAACUCUAUAAGUGAUGGUGCCACUACUAGUGCAACGCCGGCUCCAACGUCCGAUAACGCUACACCGAUAGUGACUAAAUUAGAAGAAGCAGGUAUUUCAGAACAUCCAGAAAAAGUCGGUUUAGUUAAAUAUGAUGGAAAAGAGGAUAACGAACUUUUGGGGUAUGAACCAGGUACAACUGAUCCAUUAUACGAUGUCGCCCCAGAUGGUGGUGGUCGUGCUAGAAGAGGUAACUCAAAACGUAAAACUCGUCAAUUGAAAGUACUUGACGAAAAUGCUAAAAAAUUAAGAUUUGAAGAAUUCUAUCCAUGGGUGAUGGAAGAUUUUGAUGGUUAUAACACUUGGGUCGGUUCUUAUGAAGCAGGUAAUUCUGAUUCAUACGUAUUACUGAGUGUAGAAGAUGAUGGUAGUUUUACUAUGAUUCCUGCAGAUAAGGUUUAUAAGUUUACUGCGAGAAAUAAAUAUGCAACUUUAACUAUAGAAGAAGCAGAAAAGAGAAUGGAUAGGAAAAGUGGUGAAGUUCCUCGUUGGUUGAUGAAGCAUUUAGAUAACAUUGGUACUACAACAACAAGGUACGAUAGAACUAAAAGAAGACUGAAAACAGUGGCUGAUCAACGUGGCGUAGGAGGAGACGAAGAGGAACAUGAUGAUAAUUCAGAAAAUGAAUUGGAUUAUGACGAAGAAUUUGCCGACGACGAAGAAGCUCCAAUUAUUGAUGGCAAUGAACAAGAAAAUAAGGAAUCUGAGCAACGUAUAAAGAAAGAAAUGCUACAAGCCAAUGUACUUGGGCUGCGUGAUGAUAAGGAAUUCCCUGAAGAAGAUGAAGAUGAUCUAUUCAAUGAAAAGAAAAUAGAUGAAGAAGGUGAAAGGAUAAAAAAAGCACUACAAAAGACAGAACUUGCAGCCUUGUAUUCAUCUGAUGAUGAAUUGAACCCAUAUCUCUCAGAGAGUGAUAUUGAACAUAGCGAAGAGGGUAAGAAUAAAGUCAAAAAGGAAAACUCAGAAGAGAAAGAGAGAGAAAAAUCUCCUUCAAAGAAAACAACUAUCAAAAAAGAAAAUUCGCCAUCUGUAAGAAAUUUAGCACCACAGUUAAGAGUUAAGAGCAUAAAGGAUUGUAUCAUUGUCCUAAAAGGCACAAAAAAAAUCUUAAAAACUUUCCCUGAAGGUGAAUGGAAUCCAGAACAAUCAAAGAAACGUCAAAGAGACAUCGACGCUACAGAUAGAAAUACAAAUACUACUGUUAAAGUCGAAAUUAAGCAAGAGGAUGAAAUAUCUCCGGCAAAAGAGAUUUCUCAAGAAAAUACAAAAACCUCAAUACCGAUAAUAACAGAACAAGAUAUUAUUGAUGCUGUAGGUGAUGGUAAAGUGAACGUCAAGGAGUUUGGUAAGGCUAUUAGAAGGAGUUAUCCUGGCCCUGAGAAUAAAAAAUUAAUGUUCCAGCUCGUCAAAAAACUUUGUAGAAAGGUGGAUCAUGAGCAUAUGGAAUUAAAAAAUUGA